GCGAAGCAGGUGCCCGGACAUGGCGAGUCGGACCGAGCCCAGCGGCUGCUCCGGGCGCGGCGGCGGCGGGGCCCCCGGCGUCCUCCCGCUCCCGCUGCUGCUGCUGCUCGCCGCCGCCGCGCUCGUCCCCAGAGGUGAUGGACAGAACUUGGUUACUGAAGAUGUGACGGUAGUGGAGGGAGAAGUUGCCACCAUCAGUUGUCGAGUCAAAAACAGCGAUGACUCAGUGAUUCAGCUACUGAAUCCCAACAGACAGACGAUUUAUUUCAAAGACUUCAGGCCUUUGAAGGACAGCAGGUUUCAGUUAGUGAAUUUCUCUAACAGUGAACUCAGAGUGUCGUUGACAAAUGUCUCAGUUUCUGAUGAAGGAAGAUACUUCUGCCAGCUCUACACCGAUCCCCCACAGGAAAUUUUUACCACUAUGACUGUGCUUGUCCCACCACGCAAUUUGGUGAUUGAUAUCCAGAAAGACAUUGCCACUGAAGGAGAGGAGAUUGAACUGAACUGCACUGCCAUGGCCAGCAGACCAGCCACCACAAUCAGAUGGUUCAAAGGGACCAAGGAGCUAACGGGCAAAUCUGAAGUGGAGCAAUGGUCUGAUAUGUUCACUGUGACUAGUCAGCUUUUGCUGACCGUGGGGCGCGAGGACGAUGGAGUCCCUGUCAUCUGUCUGGUAGAUCACCCCGCUGUCAAAGACUUACAGACCCAGCGCUACCUAGAAGUAAUAUAUAAACCUCAAGUGCGGGUUUUACAGAAUUACCCACUGCAAGGUCUAACGAGAGAAGGGGAGCCACUUGAGCUGACAUGCACAGCUUUUGGAAAGCCACAGCCUACGGAAGUGAAAUGGUUAAGAGUAGAUGAUGAGAUGCCUCAACACGUUGUAGUGUCGGGUUCAAACCUUCUCAUUAAUAACCUAAACAAAACAGAUAAUGGUACAUACCGCUGUGAGGCUUCAAAUGCGGUGGGGAAAUCAUCUGCGGAUUACAUGCUGUUUGUAUACGAUCCCCCCACAACUAUCCCUCCUCCCACAACAACCACCACCACCACCACCCCUACCACCAUCACAGACACAACGGCGACGACAGAAUCGGCAGUUCACGGCUUUACUCGGUUGCCAAAUCCCGCAGAGGAACUGAACUAUGGGGAUCUCUCAGAUUCUCGAGCAGGUGAUGAAGGGUCCAUAAGGGCCGUGGACCAUGCGGUGAUCGGCGGGGUCGUGGCCGUGGUGGUGUUCGCAAUGCUUUGCCUGCUCAUCAUUUUAGGGCGAUACUUUGCAAGACAUAAAGGUACAUACUUCACUCAUGAAGCCAAAGGAGCAGAUGAUGCAGCGGACGCAGACACAGCUAUAAUCAAUGCAGAAGGAGGACAAAACAACUCUGAAGAAAAGAAAGAGUACUUCAUCUAGAUCAGCCUUCGUUUCAAUGAGGUGUCCAACUGUGGACAGUUACUGGCCCAAUUUAGAUGACAGAGACAGUGAUAUUGGAAGUUGCAACCAGCUUGUGUCUUUUUUCUGUUUUUUUGUUUUUGUUUUUGUUUUUGUUUUAAAUGAAUGGGUGGAGAGAUGUCAGACUGGGAGGGUCCGGGAUUGGCUGUGUAAAAAAUGUUAUUUGUAAAGUACACUCUGCUGGUCGACACCUCAGUUUGGGUUUGAUUUUUUGGCCAAGUCCAGCUUGGAUUUAGUUUAGUUAAAUAAUUUGCAGAAAAUUCUGUGCCUUGUUUUGUUUUUUAUUUUAUUUUAUUUUGGGGGGGGCGGGUUAUGUGUGUUGCUUCUUUUUUCCUCCUUUCUGUUCUUUUUUGGAAUUGCCUGCUGGAACCCCUUGGAAUAGAUUUGAUCGUUUUUAGCGUGUUUAUUUUAACGCCACUAUUUUUCUGUUCAAAAUUCAAUCUCAUUGGAGGAGGAGAACCAGCACGCUUUAGAUUUUGUAGUUUGCAAGUCAGUGUAUCCAUAAUACAUUCUUCUCUGUUGUCUUAAAGGCUUGGAUGAAGAAGCUAUGAAAACUGUUUGCGGCUGCCCGUGUUUCAAAUGCUUUCUAGUGGUGGAGAGUAGAAAAUAGGCUGUGACUCAGACAAUGUACUCCGUUGGCUACGGAGAGACAUUACUGCACAGGGUUAUCUGCAAGUGAGGUGUGUCACUGUGAGAUUGAAUCUGUCUUGAAUUCUGUGUUUGUAGACUGCUCAGUAGAGGUACCCUCAUGCUGUCUGGACAAGUUUGGGGCAUGAAGGAAUCCUCUUUGUUGUUGCCGGAAGCAGAACUGACAGAUGAAGGCUGUUCAUUUUAUGCAAGUGGACAAAUUUCAGUUGCCACAGGAGGGAAAGGGGGAAAAAAAAGGAAGUUCUGCUCUGAUUAUUUCUGUUUCAAACAAUUCCAUCAAGCUUUCCCAAUCAGCCUUACUUCUGCCUAAUUUGCUGGAAAAAGAAAAGUCCUCAUGGUGUGCAAAGAGGUCUAAAUGAGCAGAUUCUAUAUUAUUUUUCCUUCUUCUCUUUGUGCUAGUUAGGGAAGGCAGUGGGAUCUGGCCUGCAUGUACUGUAUAUUACAGAUAUUUGUCAUGCUGAGAGAUCCAACCAGAGACUGUGUGAAACUUUAAUACCUUAAGAUUUGAUUUGAUAAAGCAGGAGGGACAGAAGAAGGGUCACUAUUGUUUUCAUGCUGGUGUGCCCUGUUUCUCAGUUCUGCAAAGGUCAGAGCAGGUGGAAAUAACAGCAUGUAGGCUUUUUCAGUCACUUAAUCAAAACUCAAAUGUUGUAUUUUUUUAUCUGUUUACCUUUCAUACACUAGGCCUUGGCCUCAUUCCUCAGCCUUAAGAACCAUUUGCCAACAAAUUACUGAUCCUUGCAUGAAUGCAGUCAUGGUGCACAGUUACUGAAAAUAAGUUACCUAGAAAAUGUUUUAGAUUUGUAGCCUCGGGAGAAACUGGAUACGUGAAGUUGCCUUUUCUUUUCUUUUCCGGUAAAGGAAAUGUGGGGAUUUGCAUUAAAAAUUGCAAGGAAAACAGAUUAUAAAAUAUUUAGGUGAAGAAAAAUUAGUAUUAUGAUGGACCUACAGAUGACAGUCCACAAUGAGAAGAUAGCAUUAAAAAAACCAUGUAUCUAUACUGAACUGUUCAGUGAGUAAUACUGGAUUUUGAAAGACGAAUUUUUAUUAUUGUUACAUUAUGUAGAAAACUUACACUGAUUUAUUUAAGGGAAAAAUUUGCAUCUGUUACAACUUCUUGGGCUUUUAGGAAGCAUUUUUUACAUUUGUGGGUUGUGUUUUUUUAACUUUUUGGCAGAACCACUGCAACGCAAGAGCCUUUUGGGAACGGGUUGGCAUGUAAAAGGGGAAAAAAACAAAUCUAUUCUUGAGCAGUAUUUUGUCUUUUCCCCCUCCCCUCGGAAUCCACAAAAGUAAAGUAAAUUUUGUCAAGUGCAGCUCCCUUUUGAGCUUUCAGCACCAGCUUGGCCCACAGCCACGGGCAAGAAGCAUUUAGCAUUUUAGUGGAAGGUUUUGGGGGGAGACUUUUUUACACACUGAUCACAGAAUUGGCAUUCUGGUUUUUUUUCCGACCAGCCCAUCUUUCUGUUUUGAAAGUGUACAGUAGUGCAGUGUUACCGAUGUAACUUUGACUUACAAUGUUGACAUGUCUCAGGUUCAUGUGUUUUGAUUGGUGUUUUCCGUCUCAGGUAGAUUGCAAAAUUUUCGGCCUCACACAUUGGAAGAGAACUAAAUAAAACAAAAAACCCCAGGAAAUUAUGGAUUUUAGUUGUAUAUUGGUUUAUGUAUUUUUUUUCUUCAGUAUACAGUGCGCUGUUGAAAUGUAUUGUUGAGUAUUACUUUGUACAGGUUUAGAUCAUAAGGGUUUUUUUUAAGAGUGUAGAAAGAACAAACUUUUUCUUUAAUGAAGGAUGUGUAACUGAUGGCAAAGAAGCUUGUUCUUUACUCACCUGCCCUUGUUGUUUUUUCCCCCUUAGGCCAGUUCUGUUUUCAGGUGUCCAUGGACGAUGUUACAGUGUAAGAAAAUACAUAUCCAUAUGUUCCCAUUCACAUUUUGUAUUGGUUCAUGUAUAUCAUUUUUACAAACAGAGAAGUACUAUAAAAUAUCUGUCUUCUUAAUAAAAAAAAAUUAAUGUUACAAAACUAUUCUUUAAUCUCACUUUUCAGUCUUCACUGCAACUAGCCACCAUGGCUGAGGAGGUGAAGUCCAUUCUUGGCUCGCCUACGGUGAAAUUCCAGUUUAAAAACUUGUUGUGGGUUUCCCCCAAGAUCUAUGGCAGCCUAAAAAUAAAUCUCCCUUCUUUAAUCCUCCCUCCCCGUCUUUUGACCUGUUUCUCUCUCGCUGUUCUGACUCACAAGUGGUUGUUAGGCAGCCAUCAUAACCCAAGCCAACGCUAUUCUUUGGCCAAGGCAGCAGUGCUAGUUAGAGCCACAGCACCUUGUAAUGUUUAGGGCAACUAGACAACAUGCCGAGUCAGCCAGAACAUGCCGCUGUUGUGUGCAUUUGUAUUUUUAAGUCCCUUCUGUGAUCACUGACCUAUGUGUCUUGUAUGAUUUCAAAUAGCUCAUGUAAAGAUGCCUUAAAUUUUCAUAAUUAAAAAUCCUUUUUAUUAA